UAUUUGUGGCGGGCGGAAGUAGGGAAAGAAGGUGGCGGCGGCGGGGUGAGGUGAAGUUCCUCUGGCCAAGCUGCAGCUCAGGGUGCAGGCCGUGAAAUGGCCCUUCCCCGCCUGCUUCGGCCCCUGUUCAGGGUGCUGGCCCGGCCGGGCUGCGGGCGGGCUCUGCACCGAGCAGCCCCUGUGUCGGCACCGGCGGCUCCAGACUUCAAUAGUUUCGUCACUCGGACCAAUACAUGUGGAGAGCUGUGUUCUGCUCAUGUGGGACAAGAGGUCACACUGUAUGGAUGGAUUCAGUAUCAAAGGCAAGGUCUGUUUCUGGUUUUGAGGGAUUUCCAGGGACUGACCCAGAUCAUCAUUCCACAGGAUGAGGCACAUGCCCAUGUGAAGAAGCUCUUGUCUAAUGCCCCAGUGGAGUCUGUUGUGCGAGUGACUGGAAUUGUGUCCCCUCGGCCCCCCGGGCAGGAGAAUCCGAAAAUGCCAACAGGGGAUAUUGAAGUGAAGGCGGAGACUGCAGAGGUCCUAAACUCUUGCAAGAAGCUACCUUUUGAAAUCAAGGAUUUUAUCAAGAAAUCAGAGGCCUUACGGAUGCAGUAUCGCUACUUGGACUUGCGUAGCUCCCGGUUGCAGUACAACCUGCGGCUGAGGUCACAGAUGGUGAUGAGGAUGCGGGAGUAUCUGUGUAACCUGCACGGGUUCGUGGAUGUGGAAACUCCAACUCUCUUUAAAAGAACCCCAGGGGGAGCAAAAGAAUUCCUUGUGCCCUCGAGGGAAGUGGGCAAGUUCUACUCUCUGCCACAGAGUCCUCAGCAGUUCAAGCAGCUCCUCAUGGUUGGGGGCCUGGACAGAUACUUUCAGGUUGCUCGCUGCUACCGAGAUGAAGGUUCGCGGCCUGACAGGCAGCCUGAAUUCACCCAGAUAGAUAUAGAGAUGUCAUUUGUAGAUCAAGCUGGGAUCCAGAGACUGAUAGAGGGCCUCCUGCAAUAUUCCUGGCCUGAGGAAAGAGGGUCCAUUGCAACUCCUUUCCCUUCCAUGACGUACGAAGAGGCACUGGCUGACUAUGGGACUGAUAAACCAGACACUCGUUUUGGGAUGAAGAUAGUGGAUAUUGGUGACUUUUUACGAGGACUGGACAUCCAGUUUGUGCGGAAUGCACUCAGUUACCCACAUGGUGCUGUGAAAGCCAUUUGUAUCCCUCAGGGGAUGAGAUACCUUAAAAAUAAAGAUUUGGAGUCAUUAAAGGAGUCUGCAAAAUCCCAGUUUAACCAGGAAGUCAUGGAAAUUAUCUGCAGGCCUGAUGGAAGCUUGAAGUCUUUGCUUACAAAGUUUCUUGGUGAGAAGCAGCAGUCGGAGCUUAUCCAAGCACUGAACAUGCAGGUGGAUGAUGUGGUACUGCUGGCAGCUGGUGAACACAAGCAAGUGUGCUCUGCGUUAGGAAGCCUACGGUUGGAGAGUGCUGACCUUCUUGAGGCAGCUGGGCUGGCACUCCGUGAUCCUUCAGCUUUUCACUUCCUGUGGGUGGUGGAUUUCCCCCUUUUCCUGCCAAAGGAAGAGAAUCCUGCUGAACUGGAAUCUGCUCAUCACCCUUUCACUGCCCCUCAUCCUUCAGAUACCAGCCUCCUCUAUUCUGAUCCCACAAAGGUCCGUAGCCAACACUAUGACCUUGUGCUGAAUGGCAAUGAAGUUGGAGGUGGCUCCAUCAGAAUUCAUAAUGCAGAACAACAGCGUUUUGUGCUGGAGAAAGUGCUGAAGGAGGAUUCUGAGGUGCUUUCCCAUCUGCUUGAGGCUUUGGAGUUUGGAGCUCCACCUCAUGGAGGAAUCGCUUUAGGACUUGACAGGCUGAUCUCUCUCAUCGUUGAUGCUCCAAGUAUCCGAGAUGUCAUUGCUUUUCCUAAAUCCUUCAGGGGACGAGACCUGAUGGGCAAUGCUCCAGACUAUGUCACUCCAGAAGAACUAGAGCCGUAUCACAUCCAGGUUUCUUGGCCUCUCGAAGAAAAAGAGGCAAAAAAGAACUGACUUGAAAGCCAGUGACAUAAGCGGAUCUGUUUAACCAGAAGUGGUUACAGCUUCUAAAUACUGGAUUCAGUUCAGAAAAAAAUCAGCUGUUAUGGAACAGGGCUGGUGGGCAGUACAGCCCUGCUGUACUAUGGUGGUUUCAGGACUGAAUGGGAAAUAGAUCAGUGGGCUCCCCAAUGGGAUUUUCCUUCUGGGUUGGUAAUGGGAAGGAGAAGUAGAAAAGCAAAAGAAAAGAAUGUAAUUUUAUGAUAGGCUAUUGAGACUGUUGGCUUUGUGGUGUCAUGUUGGGGAAAAGAUGGGUUCUAUUUUUUUUUUCACUCCCUACUUCUUAUAUGUCCUUUACCAAAGUAUUUCUCCUCCCAUCUAGAGGAGAUAGUUGUCAGCUUCUCUGACAGGAUAGUUUGUGUUCCUGAUAAUCAUUGAAUCUUGUGGCUGAGGACUGUUAGAAGAAAGCAGUGCUGUGCUGGGCCAAGAGCUCUGGACACUUCACAGCAAAUCAGCAGCUUGUCUCAUGUUGGAGGAUACAAGAUCACCCAGAAUUUGUCAUGGGCAGUUCAUAUUCAGCUGUGCUCCCCACUCAAAGAUGGGGAGAGAAGUGUUCAUAACACUUGCAACACUUGUCCUCGUAAUACUCGUCAAAAGAGGUGAUGAUCUGUCUUUGGGGCCUGUGGUCCUGGUGCUUUUCAGCACGCUAAUUCUGUUGUUUGUACGUUUGUAAAUAAAGUUUAUCUGGCAAUGUG